AGUCGCUGAAGCGAACAGUUGCUGCAUCGCUGCUGCCUCUUUCCAUCUGUUUCCGCUCUGUUCUUCUUCACAAAUCUACGACUUCAGGCAAUUAUUUCAUUCAAGAGGAGGAAGAGGAGCUGAUGAAGGGUUAUUUUGGUUAAUUGCCGACUCACUCUGAACUGGAGGUGAGUGGAAGGGAUUUCUUGCAAUGCCGCAAGGUAACUAGGGAUUCCUCCCUGGGAUUUAUUUGCUGGUUUUUCUGCAGAAAUCUUUGGACAUUUUUUUUGAGUUUUGUGAGCUGAAGCUGCCUGUAAUGGGAAACAGGUGGAAAUGUGAGGGUUAACCCCCCCCACUGUGCUGCAUGUUGGCAAAGCUUCCCUACUUCUCUGCAGCCAAAGAUCCAGACGCUGACAAAUUGCACCUCAAUCAGGUGCAACCUUGGUGUGUGCUGCUCGGUUCUGGGAACACUGGGAUCUGAAGUGAGUGAGCAGAAAUUGGUGGAAGUGGAAGUGGAGGGCGGUUUGGUCGUUUUGUGGACUCGGGGAAGAAGAUGCCAGCCAUCCUGGUGGCCUCAGCCAUGAAGUCAGGACUCCCGAAACCCAAACCGGUUCACAGUGCCCUCCCCAUCCCCCAGGCCCCCAGCAGACCGUCGGCCUUAGCUCUGCCUUCGGCGCCACUCAAGAGCCGGCAGGUGUCCACCAGACCGUCAAGGAGUUCUCCGGAGUCGGAGGCAGCUGGAAACCCUCAGAUCUACACGGACUGGGCCAACCACUACCUUGCCAAGUCAGGACACAAGCGGCUCAUCAAGGAUCUGCAGACGGACGUCACGGAUGGAGUGCUGCUGGCCGAGAUCAUACAGGUCGUCGCCAAUGAGAAGAUUGAUGAUAUCAAUGGGUGUCCCAAAAGCCGUUCUCAGAUGAUUGAGAACAUUGAUGCUUGUUUGAGUUUCCUGGCAGCUAAAGGAGUCAACAUCCAGGGUCUGUCUGCAGAAGAGAUUCGUAAUGGGAAUCUGAAGGCGAUCCUCGGCCUCUUCUUCAGCUUGUCCCGCUACAAACAGCAGCAGCAGCAGGCUCAGCGGCAGAACUCCCAGCCCUGCCUCCCGCCGGCGGCCCAAACCCAGAACACACACCCUCCCCUGAGCCAGCAGAGCAGCGCUCCGGCACAGCUCAGCCACUCUCCGCAUGGGACGCCUGGCCUCGCAGCACAGAAAGCAGCACAGGCCGAGAUGCAGUCCAGGGAUGGUUGUCAGAGUAAACUUCUCAAGUUUUCCAUUGGUCAGAAAAAGAGCUCUAGACUUCCUGGCCCGACAACAAGGGUGUCCACUGCUGGCGGUGACGUCCCUCCCAGAGGCUCGGUCAGCGCUGCUGGAAACCGGCGCAGUCAGGGCUGCAGUGACAAGACCAAAGCAAGUUUACAUCCGAACAAAGAUUCCUUGGAGGGCAUGACCUCACAGCUCUCUGUGAUGACUGAGCAUUCUCCGUCGUCUGCAGUGACCGUCGGCUCCUCCACCAGCGCCAUAUCUGCUACCUCCCACUUGGUUCCUCCAUCUUCCUCCUCGGCCUCCCCGUCUACCGCCAUUCCCCAACCCAACAGCAGCAGCAAACCCUGGAGGAGCAAGUCAACGAGCGCCAAGCACACCAACGCCCAACCGCCAUCGUCCACUAGCAACCCGGCAUCCGCAAUGCAGUCCAACAAGCCAGAGAAGGACGCAUCAACCAAGGUUGAAGCUCCUCCCAAAGCCGCCACCCAGAAGUCGAUGCUUGAGAAACUUAAGCUGUUCAACAGCAAGUCAGGAUCUAAAGCGGCAAUGCCCCAACCGGACGGCGCAGCCCCAGUCCGGACGCCUGUGGAGAGAUCGGAAACCGGCUCCAACACUGAUCCUUUAGAGGAAGAAGAUGGCAACCUUCGACCAGGGAUGAAUGGGACAUCAGCUUCGACAACCGCCAGCAGCCCCAAAAUUGCUCUGAAGGGCAUUGCCCAGCGCACUUUCAGCAGAGCUUUGACUGCCAAGAAGGGUUCAGUGAAAGGCCUGGAAAAGGAGAAAGGGAAGGAGAAGGAGAAAGGGAAGGAGCUGGGCAAACGCGGCACUGAUAGAACGGAGCUAAGGGGGGAGGAACUUAAGGAGGAAGUAACGCCCAUUCCUCCGGAUGUUGAGGCGUCCAACAAAAAGACGUCCAAAAUUGCUAGUUUUAUUCCCAAGGGUGGAAAAGUAGCCAAAAAGGAGAGUUCGACCCCAGCACAAAGCGGAAUACCAAAGCCAGGAGGCAAAGCCCCGGGAGCUGGGGGCAAAGCUUCUUCAGCAAAGGAGGCGGCAGAAAGGCCUCGCAGCAUGCGGCUGGGCGGAGGCGGGCUCGCCAUGCACCGGCUGCCUCUGGAGAGAGACAGGGACAGCAGGCACUCCAGCUCUACCUCCAGCUUGGCCUCCUCUGAAGGGAGGCCUGGCGCCGCCCCGGUGGCGGGUUUAGGCACUACGCAGAGCACGGCCAGCAACACUGUCAGCGUGCAGCUACCUCAGACGCAGCAACUGCACAGCCACCCCAACACGGCUACUGUCGCACCUUUCAUGUACAGAACACAAACAGAUGGCGAGGGAACAGUGAACUCGGAGAGCGGCUCAGUGGGAAGAGGCGGAGACGUUUCCUGCACAAAGACCAGCCAGACCUCCAUCGAAGACCUUUCAGGUGAAGACCCAGAGACCAGACGGCUGCGCACCGUCAAAAACAUCGCAGACCUACGGCAAAAUUUAGAAGAGACCAUGUCUAGUCUGCGGGGAACUCAGGUCACUCACAGUACUCUGGAAACCACCUUUGACGGCAGCGUUACGACAGACAUCAGCAGUGGCGGCGGCGGAUCGUCCGGCAACAACAGUAGCGGCGGCGGGAGCGGUCGAAGCAUCCUCAGCCUCACCUCUGCCCGCUCGUCGCUGUCACCAUGGCGACUGGGGCAGUCCAGCCCUCGUCUGCAGGCGGGCGAUGCCCCUUCUGUUGGGAACGGCUACGGCGGGCGAGGGGGGCGCUAUCUGUACCCUGGGCACCUGCGGAGGCAGCUGGCCGGCAGGGGCGGCGCUCUGUGUGGCGUGGAGCUGGGGGACAGAACCGGAGACGAAAUGGAGCUGGAUGGCCCCGCCAUGGAGGUCACCGGCUACAUGAGCGACGGAGAUGUGCUGAGCAAGAACGUUGUGCGCACUGAUGAUGUCACCAGUGGCUACAUGACUGAUGGAGGUUUGGGUCUCUACACUCGCCGCCUGAACCGACUGCCUGACAGCAUGGCUGCAGUUCGAGAGACGCUCCAUCGGAACGCGUCGUCAGGACAGGGAGACGCCGACAGCUGGGAUGACAGCAGUUCGGUGAGCAGCGGCAUCAGCGACAACAUCGACACAGAUGACAUCAACACCAGUUCCUCCAUCUCCUCCUACGCCAACACACCUGCAGCUCAGCGCAAAGGCCUCAACACACAGCCUGUGACGGAUGCGGAGAAGCACUCUGCCUCCACAACAGCUCACCAGACUUGGACCGGAGACGAGGUGAAACGGCCCGACGGCGGGCUGGACGGCGGCGUCAGGAUGGACGCCAAGUGGAGCCGCAGGAACUGCGACGUGUCCGAUGAGUCGGACAAGGGCUGCUCGGGGAGGAAGACGCCCUCUUUGUCCAACACGGGCUCCUGGAGGAGAGGCAUGAGCGCUCAGGUGGGGGUGACGUCGCCCCGCACAAAAAGCACCAGCAGCACUGGCUCUACGGUUUCAGUCGGCCUGAAGAGCCACGGCUCGGGUAAAACCGACGACGUAAAAGUGUCGGAAAAAGGUCGCCUCUCUCCGCGCUCUAACGGCCUCCAGCGCUCGCCGUCCGACGCGGGGCGCAGCAGUGGCGACGAGGCCAAGAAGCAGCCGGCCCCCACCAGCCGUGCCGCCGCCGCCACCCCGCUGACGCACACCGUCUCAGACCCGCAGUCUCACACGCUCAUGCUGUCGACCCGCACCCCGACCAGCACCUUCGGCUUCAAGAAGCAAGGUCACGGCAUGGUCACCAUAGUAACCGCAAGCGGCGCCACCAUCACCAGCGGCUCGGCCACGUUGGGGAAGAUGCCCAAAUCCGGAGGGCGCUCUCUGUCAUGCGGCUUAAAAUCGGGCGGGCAGGAUGUGGGGUCUGCGUUGGGUCACCAUGACGACGGCUUCCUCCCGAUGAGCGCCCGCUCCACUCUGCAGUACCGCAGCCUGCCCAGGCCCAGCCGCUCGGGGGCCGCCGCCCGUAACAGCAACCGCUCGUCCACCAGCAGCAUCGAGGCGGCCGUGCUCUCCGUCACGUCUCACGGGAAAAACUCGUUUGGCGUCGCCAAGCCCAACGGGUCAGCGGUGCUCCUGGCCAAUCAGACGGAUCGUGAGAAGGGCGUCUCCGAGAUCGACAACCUGAGAGGCGGGAUGCAGAGUGGCCCGGCGGCGGCGGCGGCGGCGGCGGCGGCGGGAAGACAGCAGGUUUCAUCACCAACACUUCGCAGGUUAUUUGGUGGAAAGGCCAGUAAACAAGCUCCAGUCACCACAGCUGAAAACCUGAAGAACUCCACAGUGAUCUCCAACCCCCACGCCACCAUGAACCACGUUCCUACGGUGCUGGAGUCGCCUGACGGCGUGCUGGGAGGCGGGGACAGUGAGACCAGCAGCCCCCUGUUUGGAGGCCGAGCCCCGGGGUCAGGAACUGGGACUCUGGGCAGCGAGCAGGCCUCCAGCCCAGGAUCAAUGUAUUCCUCCACCGGUCCCUCCAACAGCCUGACAUGGGGAACCACCUUCAGCGGCUCGUCCGUGCCGAGCAGAGAGGGCACCCUGGGUGGGCACUGUGGGGCAGGCAGCGUGGGAUUCCCCUCAGUCAGCAGCAUGCACACCAGCAGCGAGUCCAUCGACAUGAGCCUGAGCAGCGCCGGCGGACUCGGGACACACCGGGAGGACACCAUCUCUGCUCUGGGUCGCGCUGGGAGCGUCAAGACCGGCAUGUCAGAGAGUCCCCUCUCCUCGCCCUCCGCUAGCCCCAUAUUCAGCCGAAACACGCUACCUCGGAGGCAGGACAGCGGGCCACAUUGUGGUAGAAACACUCUGCCUAAGAAGGGAUUCAGGUACGGUCCGUCUCAGCAGCUGCGAGGUCAUGAGGACCGUGAUUGGCUGCGCUCCCACUCCACCAGUGGGCUGCAGGACUCUGCCAGUAACUCACCGUUCUCCCCCGGCUCCAGCCUCACCUCACCCUCUGGGACUCGCUUCAACUUUGGACAGCUGGCAUCCAGCCCAACCUCUGCAGGUCAGAUCAACCUCGCUGGUCUGCGCAACAACAGCCUGACCAAUCAGGACGCUCCUUUUGACCCGUGCAGCGACAGUCGACUGAGAAACUCCUGCAUGUCGCUGGAUGAGAAGACUCGCACCAUGAGCCGGUCGGGAUCUUUCAGGGACGGCUUCGAAGAAGUUCAUGGCUCAUCUCUGUCUUUGGUGUCCAGCACUUCUUCCAUUUACUCCACGAACGAGGAGAAGUCUCAGUCGGAGAUUCGAAAACUUCGCCGGGAGCUGGAUGCCUCCCAGGAAAAGGUUUCCGCCCUCACCACUCAGCUGAGCGCCAAUGCUCACCUGGUUGCAGCGUUUGAACAGAGUCUGGGCAACAUGACCAUCAGGCUGAAGAGUCUAACUCUGACUGCAGAGCAGAAGGACUCUGAGCUGAAUGAGCUGAGGAAGACCAUCGAGCUACUGAAGAAGCAGAACGCUGUUGCUCAGGCGGCCAUUAACGGAGUCAUCAACACACCUGAACUUGUACCCAAAGCAGAUCGGACAGCUGGCAGUAAUGGUGCGAUGCAGCAGCAGCAGAAUCAGCAGCCAGACCUGCGCAUCAGGCGGCAGCAUUCCUCCGACAGCGUCAGCAGCGUCGCCAGCGCCACCAGCCACUCCAGCGUGGGAUCCAACAUGGACGCAGACGCAAAGAACAAAAAGAAGAACAAAAAGAACUGGGUCUACGAGCUGCGCAGCUCCUUUAAACAAGCGUUCACCAAGAAGAAAUCUCCCAAAUCCGCCUCGUCUCACUCAGACAUCGAGGAAAUGACGGACUCAUCCCUGCCAUCCUCCCCCAAACUGCCUCACAACAGCACUUCGGCCUCCAGCCACAUCCUCAGGAACACACACUCCAACACUCUAUUGUCGGAGUGUUUGGACAGCGAGGCCGAGACGGUGAUGCAGCUGCGGAGUGAACUCAGGGAAAAGGAGAUGAAGCUGACCGAUAUCCGCCUGGAGGCCCUCAGCUCGGCGCAUCAGCUGGACCAGCUUCGGGAGGCCAUGAACCGCAUGCAGCUGGAGAUUGAGAAGCUGAAGUCAGAGAAUGACCGCCUGAAGCUGGAGAGUCAGGGCAGCAGGACGGGAUCGCAGGCGUCCAUCUCGGCGUCUCCUCCGCCUCACACACAGAGCCAGAGCGCGGGCCCCGCUGCGGGCCUGUCCCAGCACAGCCUCAACCUUACCACCAGCGAGUCGACCAGUCUGGAUAUGCUGCUGGAAGACACGGGUGGAGAUGGUGGGAUGAGGAAGGAAGGUCGACACGUAAAGAUCGUUGUCAGCCUCGACGAAGAGAUCAAAUGGGGGGAGGAGAGUCAAUCUCGCCACUUCCUGAUUGGUUGCAUCGGAGUGAGCGGCAAAACGAAGUGGGAUGUUUUGGAUGGAGUGGUCCGACGCCUCUUUAAGGAGUACAUCACCCAUGUUGACCCGGUGAGCCAACUCGGCCUGACCACAGACAGCGUUCAGGGUUACAACAUCGGUGAAAUCCAUCGGCCCAGCAGCUCCAGUACGGCCAGUACGCCUGAGCUGCUGCCCUGCGGCUACCUGGUGGGAGACAACACCAUCAACAUCCAGCUCAAAGGUGCGAGCAGUGAAAACGUCGACUCUCUCGUGUUUGACACAUUGAUCCCGAAGCCGAUGCUGCAGCGCUACGUCUCCCUGCUGAGGGAGCACAGACGGGUCAUCCUGUCCGGGCCGAGCGGCACCGGGAAGACCUACCUGGCCAAUCAGCUGGCGCGGCACCUUCUGCUCCUCGAGGGCCGACCUCUGACCCCGAACGCUGUCGUCACUUUCAACGUGGAUCACAAGUCCAGCAAGGAACUUCGUCAGUACCUGUCAGGAUUAGCCCAGCAAUGCAACAGUGUUUCUGGGGAAGACAGCCCCCUGGUGGUCAUUCUGGACAACCUCCACCACGUCAGCUCUCUGGGAGAAAUCUUUAAUGGCCUCUUCAACUGCAACUACCAGCACUGUCCUUACAUUAUCGGCACCAUGAGCCAAGCCACAUCUUCAGCUCCAAACCUGCAGCUUCAUCAUAACUUCCGGUGGGUCCUGUGUGCCAACCACACUGAGCCAGUAAAGGGAUUCCUUGGUCGUUACCUGAGGAGGAAGCUAAUAGAGAUGGAGAUCGGCAGCCGGACCCGAAACGCAGAGCUGGUGAAGAUCAUGGACUGGGUGCCGCGGGUUUGGCAUCAUCUGAACCACUUCCUGGAGACUCACAGCUCCUCUGACGUCACAAUCGGACCCCGCCUCUUUCUGUCGUGCCCCAUGGACGUGGAGGGAUCCAGGGUUUGGUUCACUGACCUGUGGAAUUACUCCAUCAUCCCCUACAUGCUGGAGGCCGUACGCGAAGGACUGCAGCUGUACGGCCGCCGGGCAGCGUGGGAGGAUCCAGCAGCCUGGGUGAUCGACUCGUACCCCUGGUCAUCGACGCCACCUCCGGGCGACUGGCCACCGCUGCUGCAGCUCCGCCCAGAAGAUGUCGGCUUUGACGGCUACUCUGCACCAAGAGAAGGAGUCAGGAAAGAGCCGCCGCAAAGCGACAGCGAUGCAGAUCCACUGAUGAAUAUGCUGAUGCGCCUGAAGGAAGCGGCGACGUCAUCGAGCCCGCAGAGCUACGACAGCGACUCCAACAGCAACAGUCACCAUGACGACAUCCUCGACUCAUCGCUGGAGUCGACCUUAUGACAUCGCAGAAGCACAAAAGCUUGACUAUUUCUACUCCGUUCUCACCGUAAUGAGAACUUCCUGGCACAAAAUGCAGCCACAUUUAUCUGGGUGCAGGUAACCCAAGUGUUUUUAAAAAAGACACGUUUCUUCAGCACUGCCGUGAUUUUUAAAAUUUUUUCCUUCACCGCCGUGGCCCUUGGUUCCUCUGUCAGGAGUCUGACGUCUGCUUCAGCAGAAAGUAGAAGCACACAGCCUGUGCCUGUUGAUGAGGCGUCCCUGUUACCAUCAUCAUGAGUCAACAGUUUACUUUAACACCAGCCAAGUGAUCGGCAUCCUCCCCCGUGCUGCAGCGCACUGGACCCGCCUGCAGGUGGCGAUCCAACCCAUGCUCUCUUGCACUGUGAGCCAGCGCAGCGACCCACUGCUGGACGAUGAACAAUCAGCUCGUCCUCUGCAGACCAAACCAGCCAAAGUGAAUUUUCAGUUCAAAACACAACAUUUUCUUUCUGAAAAUACACUGCAAAAAAGUUUAUUUUUGGUUUAGCUUUUAUUAA